AAACCUCAAAACCAAUAAAAAAAAUUCUCUCUUCUACUUCACACUCUUUACUCUACACAACCAUGUCAAACUCCACCAACAACAUAUUUCACACUAAAAUAACCCUACUAUAUCUCUUUUUGCUAUUUUCACCUCUACUUGCUUACUCAUACAACCCUGAUUACAACUAUGCAAUCAAUUGUGGCAAUCCUGCAGAUACUAAAGCCUCAGACAAUCGAAAUUGGCUUGGUGAUAAUAUUCAUAACUCCAAUAUAUUUUCCUUCAUUGAACCAAAUUCCACAAACCCAUCUUUUACAUCACAACCUAAUUCUCUCUCAAAUAUCCAAACUCCAUUCUUAACCGCACGUGUCUCUUUCUCAAAUUUCACAUACUCAUUUUCUAGCAUCAAUACUUCUCCUGUUUUUAUUCGCCUUCAUUUUUACCCAACUUCUUAUCAAAACUUUGAACCCUCCAAUGCAAAUUUUUCUGUCAAAGUAAAUAACAACCUUACCCUUCUUAACAACUUCAACCCUUUACUUUGGCUUCAUCAUGAUGAUGAGGAAAAAAUCACCAAAGAAUAUUGCAUCCAAACCAAACCAAAUGAGAAGCUAGACAUAACUUUCGUUCCAAGUAACAUAAACCAAUCAAAUGUUUAUUAUGCUUUUGUUAACGGGAUCGAACUUGUGUCUAUGCCUUCUUUUCUCUAUUACACUGAUCUCGAUGACAUGAACUACCAUAUCAAGUUUCUUGGCUUUGACGACAGUGCUAGCGAAUACCAAAUUCGCAAGGACAAAGCUUUUGAGACUGUUUAUAGAGUCAAUAUUGGUGAUAAUCAAGUUCCACCAAAUGAAGAUACCGGUAUGUUUCGUAAUUGGGACAACGAUUUUCCUCGUUACUUGGAGAAACAGCUUCCACAAAGUGAACCAGUUGAUUGGGGACAUCAUCUCAACUUUAAAAACAAUACCAUUCCAAAUUACACUGCACCUGAAGCAGUAUACUUGACUGCAAGAAGUUAUGGGAACUAUGAAACAGAGAAUUAUAAUGUAACUUGGAAUUUUGAAGUUGAUUCUGCUUUUACUUAUAUGGUAAGGCUGCACUUUUGUAUGUUUGAUUUGACCAUAAAAAAUGAACUUGGUAUGGUCUUUCAGAUUUUCAUAGCUGAUAAUUUAGCUGAGAAAAGAGCUGAUGUGAUUGCGUGGAGUGGUGGUAAUGAGAUUCCUGUUCAUAAGGAUUAUGCUGUGCCAAUGUACUCUCUAGAAGGAAGCUCUCAAAUUGAAAGAGUUAACCUUUCAAUCAAGCUACAACGCGCACCAGAAACUUUCUUCACACUAUACCGUGAUGUCUUCCUGAAUGGAAUUGAGAUUUUCAAGAUAAAUGAUAAAAGUAACAAUCUGGCAGGAUUGAAUCCGAAUUAUUCAUCUCCAAAUGGGAAAGUAUUACCAACUCCAAAACCAAACUCAAAGAAGUCAUCAAUAUUCAUGGUUGUUGUGGUUGGAGUUUCAUGUCUCUUGCUAGCAUUUGUUGUUGUGGGAAUAAUAGUUUUUGUAAGAAGGAGAAGAAGUUUUGAGUCUAAUUUUGAAAUGGAAGAAAGUUUAUGGAAGAAAAAGAGUGAAGGUUCCUCAACUUUACCAUCCCAUUUGUGUCGCUAUUUUACAAUAGCGGAGAUAAGAACGGCUACAAACAACUUCGACGAUAUUUUUAUCAUCGGAGUUGGAGGAUUUGGAAAUGUGUACAAGGGUUACAUCGAUGGGGUUACACCUGUUGCAAUAAAACGACUGAAGUCAGGUUCUCAACAAGGUGUAGACGAGUUUCUGAAUGAGAUCGAGUUGCUCUCUGAGCUUCGUCAUAUUCACCUGGUUUCUCUUAUUGGAUAUUGCAAUGAUGGUAUAGAGAUGAUUCUUGUUUACGAGUUCAUGCAACGCGGAACUCUUUGUGAAUAUCUCUAUGGUUCGGAUAAUGAACCUCUUACAUGGAAACAAAGACUUGAGAUUCUAUUGGGUGCUGCGAGGGGGUUGAAUUAUCUUCAUGAAGGCGCAAAGUACAAUAUCAUACAUCGUGAUGUGAAAAGUACGAACAUAUUGUUGGAUGAGAAAUGGGUGGCUAAAGUUUCUGAUUUUGGGCUAUCAAAAGUGGGACCCACGGGAAUUUUGAUGACUCACGUCACCACUGUGGUAAAGGGUAGUCUCGGGUAUUUAGAUCCUGAAUACUACUUACGCCAAAGGUUAACUCUAAAGUCUGACGUGUACUCGUUCGGUGUGGUGCUUCUUGAGGUGUUGUGCGGGAGACCUCCUUUAAUGCGUUGUUUAGAUAAGCAAAACUCGAGUUUGGUUGUUUGUUUUCAAAGAUGUUACAAUGAAGGUGUGAUAAUUGAACGGUUGGUGGACCCAUUCAUAAAGGAUUCUAUAACAGAUGAGUCUUUGAAAUGUUAUUGUCAAAUGGCUUUGAAUUGUUUGCAUGAUGAUGGGAAUCAAAGAAUGUCCAUGAGUGAUGUUGUUGGAGGGCUAGAGUUAGUUUUGAUGUUGGAGAUGAGUGAGGAGGAUGGUAAGUUUGGAAGGACCCAAGAAAAGAAAAAGAGUGAAAAAAGGAUACAAUCUCUAAAGUUUACCAAUGAUGAUGGAAAUGACAUGAGUUUAAUGAGUAUAUGUGGUGGAGAUUAUGGGUCUCAUACUAGCAAGACAAGCACCAUUUCCAUCAUAAGUGAAGACCAACCUUUGUUUUCAGCUAAUGUGUUUUCUGAAAUUGGAAAUCAAUAACGGUUGGGGUUGGUUGAAAAUAUACAUUUUAAAAAAGUAUCACAUUAUUUAGUUUUGUAAAUGAAGGAGUCAAAGACUAUAUAAAAGAUUCAAGUUCUUUAUUACAAAAUGAUCUAAUAAAAAAAAAUCACAUUAUUUAGUUUUAUAUUUUCUCUUAUAUUCUUGUGUUAGAGUGUUGCGAGGGGUAGUUAAAUAUUUUCUUUAGAGAGUGUGGGUUUAUUGGAGCCUUGGGGUAG